UUGGCUGGCCGGCGUGACGGAGGAGGAAGUGAGAGAGGCCUGGAUCUCCGAAGUGGGGCUAGGGUCUCUUCUCGAGUUUUGUGUGGAGGGGCCGGCGUGCCGUUUUCGGUGCACCGGUCAUCUUGCCCCCUGUCCGCUGAAAAGGGGACUGCGGGGCGGGAUCCUCCACUCUGCCGAGUGGACUUGAUCCGCAUUCGGCACAAUCCCGCUCUCCAGCUCCUCUGCAUCAGGGGACUCCGGGGACGCGGGAACAAGGAGUGGGUCCGCGCUCGUGCAAAGUAUGGAGGCGCGGGUGCAUCUCUAAGAUGCGCUGGCUUCCUGCUCCUCUAUUUUCUGAUUACAGGACCUACGGGGACGCAGGACACUCUCGGCGGCACUACCACUCCUCAGCUCCUCUGCAGCAGGGGACUCCGGGGAUGUGGUAGCCUUGAGAAGGAAGCAUGUGUGGCGGUUGGUGCUCGAGUAGGUGCAGUGGGCACGGGACAUGGAAUGGACAACGGACAACGACUUGCUGGUGAUAUGGACAAAACGACGACGGUGGUCAGCUCGGAUGAGGAGGAGCAGACCACGAAAAAUAGGAGAGUGCACACCACGAGUGGCUCGGAAAUGGAGGCGGAGGAGACUCGCUCGGCGUUCUUCACUGGAGGGACGACGGCGAGUUUCAAGCCGUUCCGAAAGAGACCGCUGAGGAGAGAAUCGGAGGGGAGCUCCUCUGGUGGUAGUGCCAAAUCCUCCCUUGUAAAAAGAGGGAGAGGCGAGGACGGAGAUAGCGAUCGUGCCAGGGAUGAGGAAACGGCGGCGAUGGCGGCGCGGCGAGUCGAAGCCGCAAUAUCGUCGGUAAAGACGCUGCCGGCCUCAUCUCUAGCGAAGGAGAUGGAAAGGGCCCUGGGGGUGAUCGUGGAAGUGGCUACGAACUCUAGGAAUCUGAAGGGAGGAUGGGUCCGGGCGCUGAAGACGUCGGCGGCGUUGUUGGGAGAGGCCAAGGACGUCCUCCUGCAGAGGACCAGCGGGAAGGAAGCGGAAAUCCUCCAAGCCCGGCUCGAGGAGGAGAAGCGCAAGAACGCGCUUCUCCAACAAGAGCUGGGGAUGCUGAGGGACGGUCAGGCCCGCCUACGGGCGGACCUGGACAACCUCUCAUCCCCAAGGGCAACGAGGACGGACAGAGAAGAAGGAGAAUUUCGCGUGUCCCUGAUGAGGGAAAUCGGCGCAAUGAUGGACGCGAAGCUCCAGGGGAUAGAGGGGCGCCUGAUGCCUGAAAGGCGCCUCAGACCUCCCCUGGCAUCGGACAAGACGCAGGCACCACCGACUAGAACACCUGCACCGGCCACGACUUCGUCAGAGGCCAGGCGGCCUGGUGCGGCGGACAACGGCACCAAGGCCAAAAAGGCCAAAGUCAAGGAUACGACAACAAGACCUCUGCCCCUGCCGCCUCCUUCCAGGGAGGAGACAUGGACAGAGGUAACCAAAAAGAAGAAAAAGGGAAAGAAGGCACAGGAGACAAGAAGAACACAAACUCGACAGCAGCCCAAUACAGGGCGCAAGCAGUCUCGACCAAAGGGGCAGGCGAGGGAGGCCAGUCGGCGACCUCCGCCUAAAACCAAACUCAAAACGCCCAGAAUAAUAGCACACAACAAGCAGACGGCAACAGCAGGAGAGCCGCGCGUCAAUGACGCUGAGCGGCGGACGUACGUCGAAGCCCGGAGCAAUGGACACACCAGUCACCGGACUUCGGCUACUACGAAAGGAUUGGGCCUUGGAGGUUUA